GCAGAUGAGAGAUUCCCAGGUUAAGACUCGCGUGGUUCUGGGGCGAGGUAGUAGGCGACGACUUGUGUGUUUGACGUUUGACGAACGUUCGCGCAAGGAUCAUCGAAGAUUGGAGGAAAAUGUACCGGAGAAAUGUUCCCAACUGAUGUUCCGAUCGGACCGGGUUCGCGAGUAUAUUUUUAUUGCUGUACAAUUUUGGCGCUCGGUGCGCUCGUGAAUGGUGUGCGGAUGGUUAGCAAUCGUGACGGGUGCAGGUUGAGUUUGGAUGACCCGCGGGUUAGCGAGGUGAGGGAGAUAUUUCAGGACCUUCUACCGUAUCGGAGCAAGCGAUUCGAACCUCUCACGGACGACGCCGUCAAAAGUUUUCUCCUUUACCUGUCCUCCGUUGGGCAGACGAUCGAUCGGCGGAUCCCAAACGAUCCUCUCUAUCUGACCAUCUGGUUCGAUAUGACCGGGGACUACCUGCAAGGUUAUCUACUCCCCGUGUCCAAGUAUUGCUUCUACUCGGGAAACGUAACGUACCGUUCGGUACGAUCUGUGAUCGAGUAUUACCGGAAGGUCAAACUACACUUAGAUACAGAUGGUUCCGGAUGGACCCGGGCGGCCGACUUGGACAGUAGUGAUGCCGACAACAAGAUUUCACCUCUACACUCGAUCAAAGCUCCUGGCAACUGUUCUGAACUCGACGUGGGAAUCUCCUCCGAGAUUCCUCUUCCUAGAACCCAGUUGGACGACGAUUCCCGGACCAUCAUUUCGCUGUGGAUCCCCUUCAGAACUCGCCAGGUGUACGAUCCUCGUUCGAAUGCCUCGCUGUCCAUUUUACGAACAUACUUUGAAAAUGUUAUGAAAUGUGUCCCGAAAUCAACGCGGAAGCGAUUUCCGAGUAGAUUCGCUCGCUGGAUCGACGAGAACCUUAACAGUCAUACGUUGGACGACGAGUUCUACCCGGGAUUGGAAGGAGUUCUUCAGAUCAAGAAAGCCCUUACGAGCGCUAGGAGUUUGGAAAAGAAAUCAACCGAACAGUACGCGGGGUUGUUUGAGAAUUUGUUUGCUGCGGAAAAUACCUCCGAUGUGCACGAAGACUACGGGGACUACGAGGACGACAACGGUAUGGAUUACGUGAAGAUCACCGUCGUGACCAUCGGGCUUGGGUUGCUGCUGCUGGUGAUCAUUCUGAUCAUUUUGAAGAUGCUGAAGAAUCGACAGGUCAUGAAGAGAAAACAGAAGUUGGAAGAACAGAAACCAUCGAACCAGAGACGAUUCUUUCAAAGAAGGAAUACCCAGUCCGACGAGGAGGUCUUGUUGGCGCUGAAGAAGAACGUCAAGAAGCACCCCUCGGAGACCAGACACAGCUGGAGCUACAUCCGAAAGCCAAAGGUUCUCCAAAAACUACGACCGACCACCAAGCAGCUUCCUCCCUUUUCGGACACGGACGACGAUGAAGAAAACAUCAACUUUGAGCCGUUCCUCUCUCAAAAUAAGGCCUCCAUAGAGAGGCUACCCUUGCUGCCGAAACCUCAAACUUCCGGAAGCGCCAGCAAAAAGAAGACCCGCUGCGGCCAAGGUUGCGUGUGCGUGUCCUGCCGGGCAAAAGCAACUCCGGACUCCAGCCCGGGAUACCAGCUGUCAAACGAAUUGGCCAAAGUGGACCAACACCACCAGGAGCAGCCCGGACCGGCGUCGAUUCAACCUGCGGCGACCUACCGGAACCCACGUGGCGGGAAUGUGUCCCAGCGCAAACACCACCGAACCGACGAGCAGCAGUGGGAUGAAGUGUGACCACCAGUGUGUGUGUCGUGAAAGCGCGUGAUGCGUGGCGUGAGUGUGAAAGUGAAGCACUAACUUAGGAUUAGGAGUUUAGGAGCGGAGGAGAAAACAAUAGGAACGAAAAGAGGGGAAUCAAUUUGCGCGUUGAUACACAAAUAAGCACAAGGCGAGCGAUUUUUGAGGUGUUUUUUUAGUUUUGUUCGAUUUGGUAUUUUUACGUGAAAUAUAUUUUUUGUUUUUA